AUGGCUGCGGCCGCGCUUCAGCCUCCUCCGCCGGCCUCUGUCAGCGGGAAGAAGGCGCUCUGUCCCCGGGAGCAGAGUCGCAAAAGUCGGGAGAGCUCCAGACGUAGACAGGCGGCUCUCCUCUUCCUCACCAACAUCUCUCUGGACGGACAACCCGUGCAGGCCGACCCGAGACACAGCGACCCUGUCCCCGCGGGAAGCCACCCCAGCUCCGGGGCUGGCUACGGGACGUUCACACACGCAGAGGUCUCAGAGGUGCCUCGAGUCCUGAACGUGCCUCCCAUCCUCGUUCUCCCGUCUGACUCUGGUCUCUCGGACGGGAGGCUUCUGCUGGGACGGAGACGAGGCUCGUUCCCGUCUCCAGAGGACACCAACCUUCUGUCCCCGUCCCUGUCCAACAACAGCCUGCUGCCCUCGCCGCUCGGGCCUCGCAAGUCCUCCACGCUGCUGUCCGUCCAGAGCUGCAACUCGGUGUCCUCAGAGCCGCGGCAAAGGAUGAGGAACCUGUCCGGAGGCUCUCCCAGACCACGUCACACCAAGAAGACUCACUUCAUCAAAAACAUGAGGCAGUACGACACCAGGGGCAGCAGGAUUGUCCUGAUUUGUGCCAAGAGGUCUCUGUGUGCCGCCUUCUCCAUCAUGCCGUACGGAGAGAGCUUCUACCUCAGUGACCCCACACUGAACCACCCCCGCAGGAGGCAUUCUUCUGGGAACAUCUCAACCCUGGAGAUGCUGCCCGGUCUGGAGGGCUUCCACCUGGACACGUACGGCAGGUCCGUAUCGUACGCCCAGUUCCUGUACCCCACCAACGCCCUGGUGCGACAGAAGCCCUCGUCGUCGCUGGAGCUGAGCCAGACUCUGCAGCUGCCUUUAUCCAGGAGCUCACACAGCAUGGCAGGCCCCCGCAGCCGCCCGCCCAGCCGUAUCAACAGCACCGUGGGCCUGGACCUGGGUGUGGACGACUUCUCCGACUACGACCCAAACUUCCUCAGCGACCCCCAGUGGCCUUGUGGGAAACAUAAACGAGUGCUCAUCUUUGCCUCCUACAUGACGACAGUGAUCGACUACGUGAAGCCGUCCGAUCUGAAGAAAGACAUGAAUGAGACGUUUAAGGAGAAAUUCCCACACAUCAAACUCACACUCAGCAAAAUACGCAGUCUAAAGAGAGAGAUGCGAGCGUUCGGAGAAGACUGUGGUCUCCAGCCCGUCACCAUUGCCAUGGCCUUCGUUUACUUCGAGAAACUGGUUCUUCAGGGUCGGCUUAACAAGCAAAAUAGGAAGUUGGUGUCAGCAGCCUGCCUCCUAUUGGCCGCCAAAAUCAGCAGCGAUCUCAAGAAGCAGGAAGUCAAGCACCUCAUAGACAAGCUGGAGGAGCGGUUCCGGAUCGGUCGGCGGGAGCUGAUCUCGUUCGAGUUCACAAUCCUGGUGGCCCUGGAGAUGGCGCUGUACCUCCCCGAGAGCAAAGUCCUGCCCCACUACAGACGCCUGGUCCAGCAGCAGCCCCUAUAG